AAAGGUCGGAUCGGCUGGUGAAAUUUCCAUGGACAGUUUUCAGACUGAGAUGUGAAGGAAGGGAAAAUAUGCUGCGUUUUUGGAGCUCGACGGUCCUGUUGCUGUUUUGUUUGCAGCUCGUUUGUGCUUCGGGGUCUUCGCGGUGUGAGACUCCUGAAGGGAAAUGUGACUUUGUGUGUGAUUGUUCCGACUGUAGCGACGAGCAAAACUGUGGGUACUCUGGAAAAUCAUUUGAGUGUGACUUUGAGGAUGAAGGAGUGUGUGGAUGGAAGAUUGAAUCUGUUGGUGAGGAAUACAAAUGGCAGCGAGUUCAGAGCGGGGGCGAGCUGCCGGAGAGCGGACCGACUUCCGACUACACCACCGGCACAGCUACAGGCUGGUUCAUGUCAGUGAGUGCAGUGGGGGCAGAGUCUCUUCAGAGUUCAGUUCUAAUCUCUCCGGAGAUAAAGGGCUCUUCGCCGACGUGCCGCCUGCGACUCAGAUACUUCCUGUGGGACUCAGGACUCACGGGUUUAGGUCCAACUCCUCUGUGGGCUUCAAUCCUCCACCAGGACUCUCAGGAGGCCGUCGUGUGGCGCCCCGAGACCUCCAGCGCCCGCAGCUGGAGGGAAGCCACCGUCUUCCUGGGCCGCAUUUCCUCCCCUUUCCGGAUCCAUCUCCACUCGGCGCGCUCGGCGGGACAAAACGGAGACGUAGCCAUAGACCAGCUGGAGUUCCUGGACUGCGCUCUGCCCUCGCUCCCUGCUGGGACCAGCUGCCCAGAGGGGAUGGUGCAGUGUGGUGGUGGAGGCUGCGUGGAGCAGCGGCAGGUCUGCGACGGUACGGACGACUGUGGUGAUGGCAGCGACGAGGCGCCCUGCGAUGAUUACGACCGCUGUGACUUUGAGGAGGAUCUGUGUGACUGGGACCUGAGAUCGUUUUCCAAACUCAAAUGGAUCAGAACAAAUCAGGAGAACAUCUCCAGAACCGAUCCUUGGAAAGGUCCAGGCAGAGAUCACUCCAACAAUACAGCAUCAGGGUAUUUCCUGUACGUCACGGUCCCUGAUGGCGGUCUCACCAUGGACUGGGCGGCUUUUCAGAGCCCACGUCUUCAACCAACCAACAGCUCACAUCCAUGUAAGAUGGUCAUGUACACUCAUCAGUUUGGGCCGCGGUCCGGCGGGCUGACGGUGCUGGUGGCGGACCAGCUCAUCUACCCUGUCUGGGAAAGGGGCGGAGCUUUAGGAGACCUCUGGGUGAAGGCGGAGGUGGAGAUAGUGUCCAACUACACCUUCCAGAUUCUCAUCAUGGCAGCCAUCAGAGACCUGGACUAUGGAGGAAUCGCAGUCGACAGCAUCAUGUUGUCCCCUGAAUGCCGCUGGUCAUCUGAUAAUACCACCCUGGAAAAAUUCCCCAAACCUCCAAAGAAUCCUUGCAUUGAUGAUCCAGAGAAGAUGUGUGAUUUUCAGGCUGACUGCGAUGCUGCAGAGGACGAAGCAAAAUGCGGGGAUUUCUCCUAUCCUGAAGGCAGCUCAGGCUGGACUGACACCAGUAUUGGGAGUCAAGGUUGGCUGCUGGACAAAAGUUCAACAACUGGAGCAGAGUUCCUAUAUGUAGCUGAGGCUGCAGGUCAGCAGCUAACCGAAGCCCAGAUUCGGACUCCCCUCCUGGGCCCCACCGGUCCGGUGUGUAACCUGAGCUUCGACUUUGCGCUCACUGGGAGUUUGGAUCACAUUGGUGAGCUUUCUGUCAGAGUGAUCGACAGCUUGUUGGGAGUGAGGCCCAACCUGUGGGAGUUCAGUGGGAAAACAGGAGCAGGGGACGAGGAGGAGACCUGGCAACACGUUGACGUUCCUAUAGGAGUCAGGAAACAUCGCUUCCAGCUAGCAUUUGAAGCUCGCGCUGUGGAUGUUCAGCCUUUUGCUUGGAUCAAAGUGAGGAAUGUUCAGUUCAUCAGCUGCCACGCCGACUACAUUCCGUCUUCACCGACAGGGGCGUCAUGCAUCUUUGAGGACGGACUGUGCGCUUGGUAUCAGGACAACAGUGACAACUUUGACUGGUCUGUGGUUACUGGGAUGGAUCACAGCAUCGGAGUAGGCACGAGCCUCGUUGUGGACAUGUGGAGUCCUUCGCUGCGUGGAGCGUUUGGGCGCUUGCUUUCAUUCCCACAGCAGUCCACUGCCACAGAGAGCUGCCUGACCUUCUACUACAAACUCUAUGGGCCGAACGCAGGUGCUCUGAACGUGAAGCUGACCGACGGCCUCGGAUAUGAGAUUUUACUGUGGACCCGCAGCGGCGCUCACGGCAACGAGUGGCACGAAGCGCACUGCCCAGUACCGCAGCAAAACACAAACUUUCAGUUGAUGUUCGAAGCAGUUCGGUCCGGUUUCGACGGCCAGGUUGCCAUCGACGAUGUGGCGUUUCUGGUCGGCCCGUGUACCAUACCCAGAAAAUGCUCCUUUGAAGGCCAGAAGUGUGGUUACAGCAGUUACGGCGCCAUAAACUGGCUCCACAGAAACGGACACACCACUACGGCGAACGGACCCAAAACAGACCACACUCUGGGGACCGAGCUAGGUUACUACAUGAUGGUCAACACAGACGCAGACAUUCUACCACCAGGUAGCGCCGCUGUCCUCAUCUCCCCCGUCCAACAAGGAACCACCAAACCCGAAUGUGUCAGUUUCUGGUAUCAUAUGACAGAAGGGAACCCAGCCUUCUUUACGGUGUACGUCAAACCCCAGAAGGGAGAGAGAGUCCCGAUCUUCUCUGAGAACCUGAAUGAGGGAGACGACUGGCGUCGCGUCAACGGCAACGUCUCCGUUGGACUUGUGUCGUGGCAGGUACAGAGCGACGUUAGAGAGCAUUUCUUCCCCAGUCAGGUUGGUGUUUCACUUGGUUUUGCUCCGCAGUUGGAGUUCGAGGUCGUCGGAUCAGGAAGUCGAGGUUCCCACGUUGCUGUUGAUGACAUCACAGUCUCGGCUCAUCCAUGUGAAGAUCAAGGGUCCAAGUGCAGUUUGGAGAACGGGAUGUGCAGCUGGAUCAACAUUCAGGACAGAGAACGGGAGAAGCUGGACUGGGAGCUGACCAGUCCGGAGAAGGAAAAGCAUUAUCCAGUCCCACCUCUCGACCACACACUGGGAACAGAGAAAGGUCACUUCCUGUUCUUCCCAAGCAGCAACCGGACAGCAGCCAAUGAAAAGGCCUGGCUGGUGAGCCCUCAACUGCCGCCGUUUAAGCCCAACUGUCUGAGGUUCUGGGCCUACAAGCCCCAGUCAUCGGACUGCCAGCUGAGGGUAUGGAGCCUGUCUGGAGGUAUCAUCUACCAGCAGCUGAUCGUGAACGAACUCAGUGGACCUUGGAGGCAUUUUGAACUGAACAUCACGUCUCGUGAGGGAUACCAGAUUGUGUUUGAAGGCAUCAAAGGCACAUCAGGUUUUGUAGCUCUGGAUGACAUCGAGUACACCGUUGGGUUCGACUGCGCCACUAGAGACACAAAACCAACCUCGAAGCCGGACAACGCCGGAGGAAUCGCUGCCUCUGUGAUCGUGGUGGUGCUGCUGAUCGGCACCCUGGUCGCUCUGCUCGUCUUCUACCUGCGAACCAAACCAGAUGCCAACUCUCCAUCGCUCGCUAUCGGCAUUAGUAAUGAAGGAUAUGUUCCAGAGGAUCCUGUGACUGUUCCUCCAAGACAAAACCAUCCAAUGGCUGCAGGAUUCAACAACGUCUCUAUUUCUGCCGAGGUCAGGAAGAGAGAGGAGGAGGAGUGACACGGGGAGCUUUGCUGCCGCCUAAUGGUGGCUUUGGGAAAUGCAGGUGAUAUAACAGCAGGAGAACUGCUUGUGUCACCCUAAAUGAUCACACCUACAUGUAAACAAACACACAUUUACACAGAAAACACAAAGCCAGAGCGCUGAUUAAUGCAGAUCUGAGGGGAUCCGGACCUCCAGCAUAGGGAAGUCGGAGCGACAUCGUGGCUCUCAGUACCGCUAAGCUGCAUGAACCGGGACUGAAUAAUAAAUCACUGCUGCGUUAGCGGGCGCUGAAGUGGGAACCUUGCAGUUCUGAGCAGAUUUUAGUUUUAGAUUAGAUUUUGAUCCUUUAUUUUUCAAUUUCUCUACCAAAUGCUGACUGGUUUUAGUUUAUUGGACCUGUUUUCUUCACCUCCCUUCUGAUAAAUGACCACAGCUCUGCAAAAACACAAAAUCUGACCAAGUACAUUUCUACUGCAAAUAUCAUAGUACACUUGAAAUAAGACAAAAUUAACUUACAAAUAACUUUUCAGUAAAAUAUGUGUCACAUAACUUGUGUUUCCAUCAACCACAAAAACAUAAAAACAAAAUAAUUAAUCAUUUAACUGAAGCUGGUAGAAAAUAAUCCAAAUGUCAAAGAGCUGUUAGGAGAUAAUGUCAGUUUUCAGGUAGUUUUUUAUAAUUGUCUUCCCAAAUUCUUCAGCUUUAUUAAUAUUUGUGUUCAAAUGAAGAAUGGAGAAGAAAUGAAAAACCUUUAUGUUGACAUGGUCGCCUGUUUCAAACUGAUCAUAAAUAAAGCUAAUUUUAAAGCUCU